AUGUUUGACCCAGAAAUUGCGACCAAGUACCCUCUUGGAAGCAGACCUAGCAUAUCAUUCCUCCCAGGGCUCAUCGUGGGAUCGUAUGUUGUCAGCCUAAUCGGUGCUUUCACAACGGUGGAACUGCUGCAUCGCAGAGUUUCAGGAGCAGGAUGGCGAUCGUGGGUACAGAUUGGAGGCUGUGCAGUAUCCUUCGGUCUGGUGGCGAUUUGGUGCAUGCACUUUGUAGGGAACCGAGCCAUCGUGCUCGGUGACGGAGAAGAAGAGAUUCAGCUUUACUACAGUUCAACCUACACCGCAGUUUCGGCUAUCCUCCCCGUGGUCGUUAUUUUCCUAGGACUACUGGCCGCAGACAAGUUUUACAAAGGAAGCAAAGGAUCUUUUGUCCGAUUCGCCUCUCUAGGCGUUUGUGGUGUCUGCGGAGGAGCGGCGGUCACUGAGAUGCAUUAUCUGGGCAACAACGGCACUACUAACUACCGAAUCAUUCUGAGUUGGGCGCACGUUGUUGGCGCCGCCUCCAUCGCCGUGGGCGCAUGUCUGAUCUCGUUUAGUCUUUUCUUCAUCUGGAGCAAACACUGGAUGAACAAUCUCUGGCGGCGGAUCAUUGUCGCGAUUGUACUUGCUUUGGCUGUUUGCGGUAUGCACUGGACUGCUGCAGCGGGUACCUGGUAUGAGAUCCGUGGCUACCACAGCGGACCAGGUCAGGAAAGAAACACAAACCUUAUCAUCUCUCUGUGCCUUUGCUUGAGCGCGUGUGUCGUGUGCUUUCUGCUCGGCUUCAUCAAGCAACGUCAACGACGACUGGAGAAGAAUCGAGCGGCACAAGUCGUUUUGGCUAUCGCCACAUUCGACCCUGAAGGAAGACUGCUCGUCAGUCAAGGCGGACUGAUGCCGUGUCAGACCAUCACCCAACAAUUCCACCAAAGAACUUUUGAUGAAGAGUUCAAUACCUCGCAUCCCGUAUUCCAAUGGAUCUUUCGAGUAUCGCGCAACUGGACCGGCAUUUCCGAUCUCAUCCCAAAAAUGCGAGAACAUCUCCAAGCCACCGGCUAUCUCCAAGCGCCGACUCACGCAAGCAACAGCAGGACGUCUCUUGAUACUGACGAAGAUUUGAGUUACUCGGCUACCUUUCGAGAGCUGUUCUGCGUCACUGCUCACGAUAUUGCGAAGACACUCGAUACAAGCCUGCACAACUUGGGAUGUCUCUACGAAGAGGUAUUAACAACGGGAACCAUGAACAACCGCGCAAUCUGGACGAGCAACUACGGCAACAAGACCAUUGUGGCUGCAGACGUGGCGACAAAAGACCUCGAAGCCGCUAUCGUGAAUCCGAUCCUUUUCGGCCGUGGCCAAAUGCUCGUACUUACGAAGAAAGUCGAUACAACUGAGGCAAACCGACUACACAACCUCGGGUAUGGAUUCGCGGGCGUUGAACAAGUUAGCGAUCACCUAGCCCGCAGUUUACAGAUACCACGCGACGAUCUCGAGAACCUGGUCGGACGCCUCCAUGCAUUCAGCGAGAGACAGCUAUCACUCCCCAAGAAAGGAACCUACAUUGGCUCCUUUCUCGUACAACCCAAACCCGGCAUGAGAGGCCUAGAUAUCAUCGUCCCGCGCGCCGCACCCGGCCGCCUUCCAAUGGUAAAGCUAAGCAGCGACGAGCUCGACGGACGACAAAUGAGCAUUCUCGCCACCUUCAACGGUUCCACGCUGGAUGAUUGUUUGUUACGAAUCAAUAACCGCACAGCGACAGACCCAGAAGAUGAUAUGUUCCUCGAUAAAUUCCGCAACCGGAUCAUGGAGCUCCUCCGCGACUGCCCAGAAGAAACGCUGCAUCGUGCAGUCUUUUCAUCGCAACAACUCGACAUGAUGCACGGCCAGACGGAGUUCAGCCACGCAACCAUCUUCGCCUUCUGCGGUAUCAAAGAGAUUUACGUGCAGAGUCUGCAGAGCCUGACACUCAAGGCUAUUCCGCUGUCUUUCUUCCAAACCUAUUUGAGGAGUCAGGAAGGAUGUGCCGAUCACGCUAUCCUGGCCCAGAAGAACCACAAGGAAUUCUCUUCACUACGCCGCGCGCCGUCGGUAACCAAAGUCGCACCGUCCAGCCGCGGACACAAAUGGCCACGUGCUCUACGCUCCAAACGCUCGAGUUCGACAGAGAUAAGCUGGCAGACGGACACGUGUUCUGAAAAGGGACUCGUAAAUUACACCACAACAUCGACGUCAGCACCUGAGUCGUCGAGCCAUCCCUGGGGAGGCAUUAUGGUAACGAGUACGCAGAAUAUCCAUGUGGAUGAGGGGAAAGAUGGGGCGAAUCUUGAACUCAGUGAGUUGGGGCUAACCCUGCGCGACACCAGCAGACAAAGCUCACGCCGUUGGUCGUCCAUAAUAUAUAUUUGCCCCUACCUCGAUCCGAGUCACCAAUUGCGCGCUGCUGCUGCUGCUGCUUCGAUUCGUAGCGUACGCCCUGCCCGCAGCGGCCCCUCGACCAUGUCUUCCCCACGAACACACACCCUCGCCCCUCUCGCAACCCUCACACCGCCAUCCAACUCACGAACAUGGCAAUCGGCGCCCCACCCCACUCUCCCCAUUGUCGCAACUGCAUGUUCCGACCGCAGCGUCCGCGUGUACAGCUUGACCUCCUUUACGCUCCUGCACUCGAUAACCGGAGGCCAUAAACGCAGUGUACGCACCGUUUCCUGGAAACCCGGCACGCGGGGGCAGAGCGUGCUUGCGACGGGGAGUUUUGAUUCGAGCGCGGGGAUAUGGCGGCGGGAAGAAGGCGGUGGUGCUGUGGGUGGCAUGGAGCGCGACUUCACGGAUGCAGGCGACACAAUGUCGGACCAUGACGACGCCGACGACUAUCAAUUCUCUUGUAUUCUCGACGGGCACGAAUCGGAGAUCAAGUGCUUGGCAUGGUCGCCCUCGGGCCAAUACCUAGCUACCUGCUCCCGUGACAAGAGCGUGUGGAUAUGGGAGGAGCUCGAGGACGACAACUUUGAGACGGUUGCCGUACUACAAGAACACGACGGCGACGUCAAAUCCGUGGCAUGGCACCCAGAAGAAGACUUGCUGGUUAGCACGAGCUACGACGACACUGUCCGGUUGUACAGGGAAGAUGCGGACGACUGGGUUCAGGUUGCUAUGAUUGAUGGGCACAAGGAGACAGUCUGGUGGGCUGAGUUUGAAGGCAGCGGCAUGAGUAAAAAGGACUACAGGAAAGACACGACAGGGCUAGCAGCCGAGCAAAGACAACACAUGGAGGAACUGGAGAGAUCAGGACCUAGAUUCGCGACCUGCUCGGAUGACUGCACAGUUCGCAUAUGGCGGAGACGGCCGCGAGAGAGAGACGAGUAUGCCGAGCGCAACACGGGCAUACCCAGUAUUAUUCGUUCUGCGGCCAUCGACGAGGACUGGCAUCAGGAAGCUGUGCUACCUAAAGCUCAUGAACGCGCCAUCUACUCGGUCAGUUGGAGUCGAAGGACGGGCUUGAUUGUUAGCGCGGGGAGUGAUGGGAAGAUUGUGGUCUACAAGGAGAGGUGGAGAGAACAACAAGCUGCUCCGGAUACCGACAAUGGGGAUGCGGACAAGUCGUUGACUGAGUGGGUGGUUGUCGCGGAGCUAUUCUCAGGGCACGACGUGUUUGAGAUUAACCAUGUUUGUUGGGCGAGGAGAGCAGACAAGGGCAAGCGGUCAGAAGAUGAGGAGGUCAUAUUGACCCUCGGACUCCCCACGCUUAUGCCGCCAAAACGAAAGCGCUCAACCACAGUAACGUCGGUCAAGAAAGACGCCAUGGACGCUGUGCAGCCCUCAUCGCGCGACGCCUCGGACGAGGGUGCCGAGGACCCUGUCCUCCAAGCCGUCGCGUCCAAGAAGGAGCGCCAGGCCGAUGCCAAUGCCAACGGCACGACGACGACGACAACGACGAAGCGGGUACGCGUCAAGAGCGCCCACGGCGACCAAGACAGCGACGAGGAUGAGCGCGCAAGCAAGAAGAGCCGCCGCACAUCCUCGCUUGCAGGCGACGAUGACCACGGCGAGGGAGGCGAGGCUGGAAGCAUGCGCAUGGAGCCUCCGCCGAAAGCUGGCCUCGUCGAUCCUGUGGGGUACAAGACGAAUCCGCCGCCAGAGGGCCGACCAGUCAGGAUAUACGCAGACGGUGUGUUUGAUCUCUUCCACAUUGGACACAUGCGCGCCCUGCAGCAAGCCAAGACGGCCUUUCCAGACGUCCACCUCGUCGUCGGCGUUACCGGCAACAAGGAGACGCACAAGCGCAAGGGUCUGACCGUUCUGUCGGCGAGGGAGCGUGCCGAGAGUGUGCGCCAUUGCAAGUGGGUUGACGAGGUGAUUGAGGACUGUCCUUGGAUCGUCACGGCCGAGUUCUUGCUCAAGCACAAUAUCGAUUAUGUUGCGCACGACGACCUUCCCUAUGGCGCAGACGAAGGCGAUGACAUCUACGGUCCCAUCAAGGAGCGCGGCAUGUUCCUCGUCACACAGCGAACAGAGGGUCUCAGCACAACGGGUAUCAUUACAAAGAUCGUACGCGACUAUGACCAAUACAUUGACCGCCAACUCAAACGCGGCACCUCGCGCAAAGAACUAAACGUGUCCUGGCUCAAGAAGAAUGAACUAGACGUCAAGCGCACCAUGGCCGAGCUGCGCGACAGCAUCAAAGCCAACUGGACCACCACAGGCCAGGAACUGAGCAAGGACUUUCGACAGUUUUGGCAAUACGGCACCUCGAGGCCGGCCAGUCCCGCGAGGACGCCAACGAGGGAGCAGACGCAGGCUGAGGCUAUGGAAUCUGGCGGCAAUGUUGCGAGGAGCCCGAGUGCGAUUAGUAGGCUGAGCCACUUGGACAUACCAAGGGCCAACAACAGCACCAGGGAGUCGUCCGAGUUCGCGGCGGGCUACAAUCUGGGUCUGAUUGGUGGUGUGAGGUCGUGGAUGGCACGCAGUCGCCGUAACCUGAACGAUAGUAGGCCCCAGAGCCCCACGUUCGAUGAGAGUUCCGACGAGCAGGAGGCGAGGAGUCCACAGGAUAAGGAAGUCACGCGUGGACGGACGGGCAAACAGAUGAAGAGUGAGGGUGUGGAUACGGCGGCUUAG